AUGUCCACCACAGUUUCGAGAGGAAUUUGGUCGAAGUUUGCCAACAGAUCGACCACGCUGAACGUCAAAAGUGCGGCUCUUAAGAACGCUUUGCUUUCGCCAAACCUUCCUAAGGGCCCGGUGUCUCUCAAGGCAAAUGCCAGCAAGCUAAAGUAUCACUCGCCUCUUGGUCUUGAUAAGAUAUAUCCGCUUGCGUACGAGCUUUUGGAAAAACAAAGUGAAUCUAUUUACGAAAGUAUCGUACAACUUGACAAAGAGGCCGAAAACAUUAAGGACGAAGCUGAGUUGAAGAGAUUAAGUCAACAGAAGCAAGAACUUCUCGCUGCAGCAGAGGCUGAAAAUCCAGAGGUUGUCUACAAUUCUCUUUUUGCGACGAAUGCAGUCGACAGAACCCAACCGGUGUACAGACAUUACCUCAAGGAGCAAUGGAAAUCUUACAAGAGGAUGCUCACAAUGCAAAGGCUGGAAACCCUAGCAGUCAUCCCAGAUACCCUUGCGACCUUGGAGCCUGAGGUCGAUGUACAAUUGAAGUUCCCACACACCAACGUCGACACAUGGAUCGAACCGGGCGAGGUUCUCUCGAGUAAUGUGACCUCUAGACCCCCUGCCUUAGAGAUCGUUGAGUUCAAGGAGUCGACAAAGGACUUGUACACUGUUCUUAUUGUGAAUCCAGACACCCCAGAUGUCGAGAAUGAUUCCUUCACAACCACGCUUCAUUGGGGGUUAAAAGACGUCGAGCUCACGAACAGUGACUGCAUCAUCGACAUAAAGAAACUCGAUCAGCACCCAGAAUACACUUUAGUCGACUACCUUCCACCUGUUCCUGAGAAGAACUUAGGCAAGCAACGUUUCGCUGUUUGGGUCUUCAGACAGGACGGCAAGCUCGAUAGCGCUCUUGCUGCCGUCGAGAGAGAGAACUUUGAUAUCAGGAAGUUCGUGGCGGGAAAUAAACUGGCUCCCAUUGGUGCCCACAUCUGGAGAAGCACUUGGGACCUCAACACCGAUAACGUCAGAAAGAUGUACGGCUUACCUCAGGGCAGGGUGUUUUCCAGAGAUAGACUUUGA